AUGUCUACAAAUACUUAUAAAAACAUCAUACUACUGGGCGCUGCUGGUGACACUGGUAAACACAUUCUUCCAGCUCUUCUUGCCGAUUCAACAUUUAACGUGACCAUCCUUUCGCGUGCUGAUUCAAAUGCAACAUUUUCAUCCAAUGUUAAAGUGAUCAAAGUUAACUAUUCAGAUAAAAAUGCAUUAACUAAAGCUCUUGUUGGUCAAGAUGUGCUUAUUUCAACUGUUGGUGGCGAAGGGCUCCACAACGAUUUUGGUACAACUUUAGUUCAAGCUGCAAUCGAUGCAGGUGUUAAAUGGUUUAUUCCAUCUGAAUUUGGUGCAGAUUAUGCUGAUCCUAUUUGUACAACUAUCCCACCUUUAGCUGGCAAAUUAAAAGUUAUAAAUCUACUCAAAGAAAAUCAAUCUCGUAUUAGUCAUACCUUUAUUUCAACUGGGAUGUUUCUUAAUUGGGGUUUUGACAAUGGAUUCUUCGGUUUUGACGUUCUCAAUCGUACGGUUACACUUUUUGAUGACGGAAAAGGACGUGUAUCAGGCACAAGUCUCCCAAAUAUUACCAAAGCUGUCGUCGCCGCUAUUCAUCACCCAGAAGUAUCCUUAAACAAACGAAUCUACAUAGCAGACGCAACAUUUACACAAGAAGAAGUUUUAUCUUUCUUCGAAAAAUAUACAGAUACCAAAUGGACAGUGAAACAUGUCUCCACAAAGGAUUUACAAAAACGAGGAGACGAAAAAAUAGCAAAAGGAAAUAUUGGAGAGGCUUUUUACGAUUAUAUAAAAUAUUUAGUCUACGGUGGUCACAAAGUAUGUAUUUUUGAAGGCAGAACAAGCAACAAAGAUUUAGGAAUACCAACAACAUCGUUAGAUCAAAUUGUUAAAGAAGCAGUACAACGAAACAAUUAA